AUGGGGACCCUGGCUGGGGGUCCCCAGUCCCCCCCUGUGCUGGCCCCCGGGGUGACUCCCUCCUCUCUGUGUCUCUCUGCAGUUAAAAAGGCCAAAUUUGACGGGCCCCAAGAGAAGUUCAACACCUACGUGACACUCAAGGUGCAAAAUGUCAAGAGCACAACCAUCGCGGUGCGGGGCAACCAGCCCUCCUGGGAGCAGGACUUCAUGUUCGAGAUCAACCGGCUGGACCUGGGGCUGACGGUGGAGGUUUGGAACAAGGGGCUUAUCUGGGACACCAUGGUGGGCACUGUGUGGAUCCCCCUCCGGACCAUCCGGCAGUCCAACGAGGAGGGUCCCGGGGAAUGGCUCACGCUCGACUCCCAGGUCAUCAUGACAGACAAUGAGAUUUCGGGCACCAAGGACCCCACCUUCCACCGCAUCCUCCUGGACACCCGUUUCGAGCUCCCGCUGGAUAUCCCCGAGGAGGAGGCCAGAUACUGGGCCAAGAAGCUGGAGCAGCUCAAUGCCAUGCGGGACCAGGACGAUUACGCGUUCCAGGAGGAGCAGGAGAAGCCUCUGCCCGUCCACGGCUCCCAGUGCUGCAACUGGAACUAUUUUGGCUGGGGAGAACAGCAAAAUGAUGACCCUGACAGCACCGUGGACGACCGGGACAGCGAUUACCGCAGCGAGACCAGCAACAGCAUCCCACCGCCCUACUACACCACGUCGCAGCCCAACGCCUCCGUGCACCAGUACCCUGUGCGGCCGCAGCAGCAGAGCUCCCGUGACUCCUACACCGACUCCAUGCAGAGCUACGAGAUGGACUAUUCGGACCAGCGCCCCAUGAGCCCCACAGGCAGCAGCCGCUACGCAUCUUCGGCUGAGCUCAGCCAGGGCAGCUCGCAGCUCAGCGAGGACUUCGAGAACGAGAGCCUGCGGGACUCGGAGCUCGACGAGCGCGACGGCGACUCCUACCACUCGUGCCACAGCUCCGUCAGCUACCGCAAGGACUCACCGCGCUGGGACGAGGAGGAGGAGGAGGAAGAGGAGGAUGACCUCUACCUGGAGGAGGAGGAGGAAGAGUUCAACGAGGACUAUAGUGAGAAUGAGGAAGGCUAUGCCAAGGAGGAAGAGGAGGAGCUGCGGGAGCGGGAGGUUUAUGAGUCGCAAGCCUUGGCGCAGGACCCCUCCCCCGCAGCAACACCGAAAGCGCCCGGGCAGCAGCAGCCCGUCCCGCAACAGCCGCAGCCGCCACAGGAGAGGAAGGAGGAGAGGAAGGAGGACAAGGAUGCGGCUGCCCCCCAGGAGAGCCCCGAGUCCCUCCUGGCCCAGCGGGCAGAGGACGAAGCCCCUGCGCCCGAGGCGGCGCCUGAGCCCGAGCCCCCGAAAGCCGCCGAGAGGCCCGUGGAGAUGGCGACGGAGAAGCCAAAUCACUCUGGUUCAAAGGCGGUGCGAGACCUGGUGAGCGCCGUGCGAGGGGUUAAAGAGAGAGCACCCUUGGGUGCCCAGCCUGGCCACCUUGGGGAUGCUCGGCCGGCGGCUCCGAUGGCAGCACCGGGUGCCCCAUCGCUGGUGCAGUCCAGGAAAGCGGGAAUCACGUCCGCGCUGGCCUCGAGCACCCUGAACAACGAGGAGCUGAAAAACCACGUUUACAAGAAGACCCUGCAAGCCUUAGUGUACCCCAUCUCAUGCACGACGCCGCACAACUUCGAGGUGUGGACAGCCACAACGCCCACGUACUGCUACGAGUGCGAGGGGCUGCUGUGGGGCAUCGCGCGGCAGGGCAUGCGCUGCGCCGAGUGCGGCGUCAAGUGCCACGAGAAGUGCCAGGACCUGCUCAACGCCGACUGCCUGCAGAGGGCGGCGGAGAAGAGUUCCAAGCAUGGAGCGGAGGACCGGACCCAAAACAUCAUCAUGGUGCUCAAGGACCGCAUGAAGAUCCGGGAGCGCAACAAGCCCGAGAUCUUCGAGCUCAUCCAGGAGGUGUUCGGCGUCACCAAGACCACGCACACGCAGCAGAUGAAGGCUGUGAAGCAGAGUGUCCUGGAUGGCACCUCCAAGUGGUCGGCCAAGAUCAGCAUCACAGUCGUUUGCGCCCAGGGUCUGCAAGCCAAGGAUAAGACGGGUUCCAGUGACCCGUAUGUUACUGUCCAGGUUGGAAAGACGAAAAAAAGGACUAAAACUAUCUACGGCAAUCUCAACCCGGUCUGGGAGGAGAAUUUCCAUUUCGAGUGCCACAACUCCUCUGACCGCAUCAAGGUGCGCGUGUGGGAUGAGGACGACGACAUCAAGUCGCGCGUCAAGCAGCGCUUCAAGCGCGAGUCCGACGACUUUUUGGGCCAGACCAUCAUCGAGGUCCGGACCCUGAGCGGCGAGAUGGAUGUUUGGUACAACCUCGACAAACGGACGGACAAGUCGGCCGUGUCGGGAGCCAUCCGGCUGCACAUCAGCGUGGAGAUCAAGGGUGAGGAGAAGGUGGCCCCAUACCACGUGCAGUACACAUGCCUGCAUGAGAACCUUUUCCACUUCGUGACGGACCUGCAAAACAACGGCGUGGUGAAGAUCCCUGACGCCAAGGGUGACGACGCCUGGAAGGUCUAUUUCGACGAGACAGCGCAGGAGAUCGUGGAUGAGUUCGCCAUGCGCUACGGGGUCGAGUCCAUCUACCAGGCCAUGACGCAUUUUGCCUGUCUCUCCUCCAAAUACAUGUGCCCGGGGGUGCCAGCAGUGAUGAGCACCCUGCUUGCCAACAUCAACGCCUACUAUGCCCACACCACGGCCUCCACCAACGUGUCCGCCUCCGACCGCUUCGCCGCCUCCAAUUUCGGGAAAGAACGGUUCGUGAAGCUCCUCGACCAGCUGCACAAUUCCCUGCGGAUUGACCUCUCCAUGUACCGGAACAACUUCCCUGCCAGCAGCCCUGAGCGGCUUCAAGACCUCAAAUCCACAGUGGAUUUGCUGACCAGCAUCACCUUCUUCCGCAUGAAGGUCCAGGAGCUGCAGAGCCCUCCACGGGCCAGCCAGGUGGUGAAGGACUGCGUGAAGGCCUGUCUCAACUCCACCUACGAGUACAUCUUCAACAACUGUCACGAGCUCUACAGUCGCGAGUACCAGACGGACCCGAGCAAGAAGGGUGAGGUGCCCCCUGAGGAGCAGGGCCCCAGCAUCAAGAACCUGGAUUUCUGGUCCAAACUCAUCACACUGAUAGUUUCCAUCAUCGAGGAGGACAAGAAUUCCUACACACCCUGCCUGAACCAGUUCCCACAGGAGCUGAACGUGGGCAAGAUCAGUGCCGAGGUGAUGUGGAACCUCUUCGCCCAGGACAUGAAGUACGCGAUGGAGGAGCACGACAAGCACCGUCUGUGCAAGAGCGCCGACUACAUGAACCUGCACUUCAAGGUGAAGUGGCUCUACAACGAGUACGUCACUGAGCUGCCCUCCUUCAAGAGCCGCGUGCCCGAGUACCCCGCCUGGUUUGAGCCCUUCGUGAUCCAGUGGCUGGAUGAGAACGAGGAGGUGUCGCGGGAUUUCCUGCACGGAGCGCUGGAGCGGGACAAGAAGGACGGGUUCCAGCAGACAUCGGAGCAUGCCCUCUUCUCCUGCUCCGUCGUGGACGUCUUCUCCCAGCUCAACCAGAGCUUUGAGAUCAUCAAGAAGCUCGAGUGUCCCGACCCGCAGAUCGUGGGGCACUACAUGCGCCGCUUUGCCAAGACCAUCAGCAACGUGCUGCUCCAGUACGCCGAGAUCAUCUCCAAGGAUUUUGCCUCCUACUGCUCCAAGGAGAAGGAGAAAGUGCCCUGCAUCCUGAUGAACAACAUCCAGCAGCUCCGCGUGCAGCUGGAGAAGAUGUUUGAAGCCAUGGGGGGAAAGGAGCUGGACACAGAAGCCAGCGACAUCCUCAAGGAGCUGCAGGUGAAGCUCAACAAUGUCCUGGACGAGCUGAGCCGAAUCUUUGCCACCAGCUUCCAGCCGCACAUCGAGGAGUGCGUGAAGCAGAUGGGUGACAUCCUGGGCCAGGUGAAAGGCACCGGCAACGUCCCCGCCAGCACGUGCAGCAGCGUGGCCCAGGACGCGGACAACGUCCUGCAGCCCAUCAUGGACCUCCUGGACAGCAACCUGACACUCUUUGCCAAGAUCUGCGAGAAGACGGUGCUGAAACGGGUGCUGAAGGAGCUCUGGAAGCUGGUGAUGAACACAAUGGAGAAGACCAUCGUCCUGCCGCCACUCACUGACCAGACGAUGAUUGGCACGCUCUUGAGAAAACAUGGCAAGGGGACAGAGAAGAGCAGGGUGAAGCUGCCCAGUCACACUGAAGGCACCCAGAUGAUCUUCAAUGCGGCCAAGGAGCUGGGCCAGCUCUCCAAGCUGAAGGACCACAUGGUGCGGGAGGAAGCCAAGAGCCUGACCCCCAAGCAGUGCGCGGUGGUGGAGCUGGCGCUGGACACCAUCAAGCAAUACUUCCAUGCGGGUGGCGUGGGGCUCAAGAAGACCUUCCUGGAGAAGAGCCCCGACCUGCAGUCGCUGCGCUACGCCCUGUCCCUCUACACGCAGGCCACCGACCUCCUCAUCAAAACCUUCGUGCAGACCCAGGCCUCGCAGGGCUCUGGUGUGGACGACCCCGUCGGCGAGGUCUCCAUCCACGUGGAGCUGCUCACCCACCCGGGCACCGGAGAGCACAAAGUCACCGUCAAAGUGGUGGCCGCCAACGACCUCAAGUGGCAAACGUCGGGCAUCUUCCGGCCCUUCAUCGAGGUCAACAUCAUCGGGCCCCACCUGAGUGACAAGAAGAGGAAAUUCGCCACCAAGUCCAAGAACAACAGCUGGGCGCCCAAGUACAACGAGAGCUUCCAGUUCACCCUGGGCACGGAGACGGGCCCGGAGUGCUACGAGCUGCCGCCCCCGCGCGGCGCCUCCUGCGUCCCCCUGGCCCGCCGCAUCCACAUGGACGACACAGGGCUCACGGUGCUGCGCAUCCUCUCGCAGCGCAGCAAUGACGACGUGGCCAAGGAGUUCGUCAAGCUCAAGUCGGACACGCGCUCGGCCGAGGAGGGCAGUGGUUAAACCACCCCUCCGCGUCC